AUGCGAAUCAUGUCCUUUGGCGUGAUAUUGGAUGGGACGAAUAACAAUAAGAGCAUGACGAGAAUUCAACCAGCUGCCGAAAUGAUCCAGGAAGACUGGUUCAAAAACGCGGUGAACAAUCCGGAGAUUGAUUUAUUUGUAUUGAUUGGACACAACCCAGUCAAGCCGGGAAUCCCUAAGUCUGAAAGCAGCUUUCCCCUAAUCAUGCAAACUCUUCGGGAAAUGCGCCCAGAAAUUCCCGUUCAGGGGUUCGGAGGUCAUACACACCGUCGGGACUUUCACAUUUACGACAAGAUGUCUUCAGCCAUAGAAUCCGGUAAAUAUUGUGAUACUGUGGGCUGGAUUUCCCUGGAUGGUAUCAAGUCGAAGUCCAUACAGAGUCGAGCAACCAAGCCUGAUGCAGAAUCUACUAUCGGCGACGAAGAAAAGCCCAGUGAUUCUAUCGACACGGCAUGCCCCAAAAAUCAGACCUUUGAUUUAGAAUUGACACGCCGAUAUCUGGAUUGGAACCGACUUACGUUUUCCUACCAUGCGACAGGAUCUCAAGACCAGUUCAGCACUGCUGGUGGGAUUCAAGUGACGCAGGAUAUUGACGAUGGUCGCAAGGGCAUGAACCUCACCCAUGUAUAUGGAUGCGCGCCUCAAACAUACUGCAUAUCUUGCAAGCCUUUCGGUGAUGAAGGCAAUGUCUACACCUUAGUCCAGACCGCCGCCGCCGCAACUGUGGUCAGUCCUGAUCGCGCCGCAAAUUCAAGAUUGAUCAUUGUGAAUCAAGGUGCCAUCAGGUACGACUUGGUCAAGGGUCCUUUCACUGUCGAUGAUUCGUACAUUGUCUGCCCAUACACGAGUACCUUCAAUUACAUCCCUGAUGUACCUUACUCUAUAGCUUCGAAAGUCCUCGACUACAUCAACAAUAAUCAGACAGCCAAGUCUAAGAGAUCGAUGAAUAUGGAUACUAUUUCAAGUCAGUUAAUGGGCUAUGAUGAAUGUGACAACCCAUCGCCUCACAACGCAACCGGGCUUCUAAAGACAAAGACUCUUUUCGGUCGUGUUCUUGAAACCGACACUUCGACGCCAGGUUAUGUGACUUGCGAUGACCUUGGAAGUGAUGGCGAUGAUACUCCUCAUUCGCCAAUCCCAGAGUACGCCCAGCCGGCGCAUGUCCAAGCUACUGCUGGGUUCCCAUCAGAUGGCGAACCGGAUAAGGUUGACAUGAUAUUUUCGGACUUCCUUGCCGGAAGAAUUGUGACAGCCUUGAAUUCCUAUAACCCGGUAACAAACUACGCUACUGAUGAUGCUCGCCUUUAUCUCCCCGCAAACUUCACUACAAACUCCUUCAUUCCACGUUAUGCCUCCAUGGCUUGGCAAGACAACAUUAAUAACUGCAAGAUUGACUAG